UCUAUGACCCGCCGAUCGGGAAAGGCAUGUCCAAUCAAACGCUGGCGACAAAAAAAAGUUUCUGGAGUGAAGCGACUCGCGUCUUCUCUCGCUUUGUCUGAUUGAUUAUGGAGUUUAUUAAGGCAGCCGGACAGCUUAGAAUCCCCGGUGAGGCUGAGGAAGGGAUUCUGAUCGGCUUUAAGCGAUACUCUGGGGUGCUGCUAACGCUCGAUAACUGCCUCCUGCCGGACGAGCGGCUGUCGCGAAGCCCUUCGGCCGAACAGGGGCUGCCGAUGGAUGUGGAGGAGCAGCUGAGGAAACAGGGCUGCGAGCUCAUCCAGGCCGCGGGGAUCCUGCUCCGACUGCCGCAGGUUGCCAUGGCUACUGGGCAAAUUCUGUUUCAGAGGUUUUUUUACUGCAAGUCCUUCAUCAGGCACUGUGUGGAGAACGUCGCCAUGGCCUGCGUCCACCUGGCAUCCAAAAUCGAGGAGGAGCCCCGCAGGGUCCGGGAUGUUAUCAACGUCUUCCACCGGCUGAAGCAGGACCGGAAAUGCGGUGUGCCGGCACCCCUACCCUUGGACGGCAGCUAUGUCAACAUGAAGAACCAGGUGAUCGUAGCUGAAAGGCGGGUGCUGAAAGAGCUGGGCUUCUGCGUACACGUCAAACACCCGCACAAGAUUAUCGUGAUGUACCUACAAGUGCUAGAGUGCGAGAAGAACACUCAGCUGGUGCAGACGGCAUGGAACUACAUGAAUGACAGCCUGCGGACAGACGUAUUCCUCAGGUUCAGCGCUGAGACGGUGGCUUGCGCCUGCAUCUAUCUGGCCGCCCGCUCUCUGCAGAUCCCCCUGCCUGACAGCCCGCCCUGGUUCCUGCUGUUUGGAGCCACUGAGGAGGACCUGAAGGGGAUCUGCUGCAGGGUGCUGCGGCUCUACCUGCUGCCAUCUAUGCCCCUGUCCGCCUUGCAGGGGCGUGUGGCCGAGUGCCGCCGGGCCCUGGAUGCCACCCGUGCCAAGUCUGCCCUCACGGGACCCUUGUUGCUGGCCAACGGCACCCCCACCCUGGAGCCCCCCAGCAGCUUCUCCCCCGCCUCCAAACCUAGUUCCCCUCACACAGUCAAACAGGUCAGUAGGGACUCGCCCCAGUCCCAGGCGGCUCUGAAAGACGCUCGCCGCAAUCUCGCCAAUGGGAAAAUCAGGUUGAGUCACAGUGACGAGAGGAGGGAGGUCCCACCCAAAUCUCCAUCACACAGCCCCAAACGCAGACGCAGCCGGAGUGUGGCUUCUCCCUCCCACUCGCUCUCCCCCAUCCGACGCAAGAAGCAGCCCAGUGACUAUCAGAGAGAGAGGGAGCGAGAGAGAGAGAGGGGGCGUCGGAGAGAGAGAGAGCGGGAGAGGGAGAGAGGACGGAAGGACAGAGUCUCCUCGCAUCGGAGAUAGCGUCGGACAGUAACGGACGAGGGGGGGGUACACACUGACCAAAAGAGCUGCCUGUUCCAAUAAUAGUUUUUCUAUUUAUUUUUUUUAGCUGAAAAUUUGAAUACAUGUGAAAUUUGAUGCCUUACACAGCAGUUAUUGCCGCUGCUCCUCCGUAUCUAAGAUUUCUCCUCCAGAUAUGAUGACCAGGGUAGGUUAAAGAUCUGGCCCCAUUUUUCUAAGUCGUUGCUUAUUUAUUAUCGUUAUUUUGAAUCGACCUUGGACUGUGACACAAAGGGCGAUGGGGGUUAAACAGUUUUGAACUACUGAGUCUUUGAUUUACAGUUAGCCGUCAUUUCUCAACCAGGGACGUCGACGUGAAGCAUCCCUGAAUCACUGGCUGCUUAGGAAGAGAUGCUGUUUAUGUUGAACGAUUUGUAAGUUUGUCUGGGGGUGCGGUUUGGUGCUAGUGUCCCGGAGGAUGCAGGUUCAGAAUCCAGGCAGCGUAUGAGCUUGGCCCCCCUGUAUCUUGGCCUCACUUACAAAAGUAGUUACCCUGAUGUAUAAAUAAAACUUGGAGCAAUAAAAGUCACCUUGGCUGAAAGUCAGGUCAUUGGAAGUAGGAUUCAUCGCCAUGAAAAGGAUGAAUGAGUCUUGCCUUCACCAUUCUCUCAUUGUACAGAUCUCUAUUUUUAUCCCAGAAUUUUAAAAUUCUUUAAAUAAAGAGCCUAUUUUUUUUUAAGAAAUUGUGUUUUAUCUCCUUGUUGUGAGAAAUUUCUGAAUAUCUAAAGCACACAUGGAGUUAGAUGUGAAGUGUCAGUAGUCGAUAUUCCGUUCUUUUCCGUUAAUCGAACUUGAGGUCUUCUGAAGAUCGUGUAACCUUCCCUUGCUUAUUUGACAUAAGGUCACAAUGACCUUGAGGUCUUUCCUGGGAAGCAAAGGGCACCAGAUACAGUACAAUCUGGAUGGGAUGCUAGUCCAUCCGAGAGAACAGUGACACCCACAUCCUCUUGGGGCGUGAGGGUGUGGUUCUGCUGUUGCCGCGGUACCCAUCGUGUUGGUGGUGGCGUGGUAUGCAAUUAUGUUCUGCAAUGUAUUCCUCAAACCUGUACUUUAUAUUGUGAAUAUCUUUACUUAGACUACAAUGUCCUAAAAUUAGAAAAUGUUUAGGCUGUGAAAUGACAGGUUUUUCAGUUUCAUUUAGUGGGUCAAAAUGAUUUUUUUGGUAAAGCCUGUAUUUCUGCUGAUCUAAAAUUAUGAACAAUUGAAGCAAUGAUAUUUUUUGACUAUUAUAA